GACAGUUUUGUCCUGAUGGCUAACGCCUCUGAGAUGGACCACCAGAGCCAUCCUGUGGCCUUCACUGUCACUGUCCUGCCUGUCAAUGACCAACCCCCGGUCCUCACCACAAACACAGGCCUGCAGAUGUGGGAGGGGGCCACUGCGCCCAUCCCUGCGGAGGCUCUGAGGAACACGGACGGCGACUCUGGGUCUGAGGAUCUGGUCUACACCAUCGAGCAGCCCAGCAACGGGCGGGUAGUGCUGCGGGGGGCGCCGGGCACCAAGGUGCGCAGCUUCACGCAGGCGCAGCUGGACGGCGGGCUCGUGCUGUUCUCACACAGAGGAACCCUGGAUGGAGGCAUCCACUUUGGCUUCUCUGAUGACAAGCACACUUCCUCCGGACACUUCUUCUGA